AUGGCGGAUAGAGAGGUCGCCGGCGGGGGGAGGAGGUUCCCCCUCCCGGACUUCCUACAGUCGGUGAACCUCAAAUACGUGAAGCUCGGCUACCACUAUCUCAUCACCCACGCCGCCUACAUCUCGAUACCCUUCAUCCUCGCCGCAUCAACCCAACUCUCCCAGGUCACCGUCGAGGACCUCCGCUUGCUCGGAGAUCAACUACAGCAUAACCUCGUCGCCGUCGUCCUCUGCCUGGCUCUCUCCGUAGUCCUCGCCACCGUAUACUUCAUGUCGCGGCCCCGCCCUGUGUACCUGGUCGACUUCGCCUGUUACAAGCCCGAGGACGCGCGCAAGUGCACGCGGGAGAUCUUCAUGGAGCAGUCUUCGCUCGCCGGCUCCUUCACGGAGGAGAACCUCGCUUUCCAGAGGAAGAUACUGGAGCGGUCGGGGCUGGGACAGGAUACCUACUUCCCAGAGGCCGUGAUGAGGGUGCCACCGAACCCGUGCAUGGCGGAGGCGAGGAAGGAGGCGGAGAUGGUGAUGUUCGGCGCCAUCGACGAGCUCCUGGCCAAGACGGGUGUGAAGGUCAGGGACAUCGGCGUGCUGGUGGUCAACUGCAGCCUCUUCAACCCCACCCCCUCCCUUUCCUCCAUGAUCGUCAAUCAUUACAAGCUCCGCGGCGACGUCACCAGCUUGAACCUCGGCGGCAUGGGCUGCAGCGCCGGGCUCAUCUCCAUCGACCUCGCCAAGCAGCUCCUGCAGGUUCGUUGCCGAUUCUUCUCGCCCGCUGCAUUAAUUAUUACGGUUCUUCGUGGUUGGCAAACAGUACAGACAGACGCAUUGAAUGGAAAAAUUAGUUAUGUCGCGGGUCCGUGUCGCCAUAAACACUCCUAGUUAGGGGAAGCUUUCUCCUUGUUACCUCCCAUCAGGAUCCACAUAGGACAUGAGUAUCCAUUUCACGAGAGAGGGAGAGAGAGAGAGAGACAGACAGACAGAGAGAGGGAAAGAGAGAGAGAAGUUCUUCCUCCCAUGCAAAGGAUGUGGUUGAGCUACCAAUCAAACUUCUCUAGGAUAACAGCGAGGUUGAUGUCAGUGAUUGGAACCCUAAUCACGUAAAGGGGGUCGCCCUCGUCGGUGUAGUGGUUGUACCGCUAUAUCUUGUCUUACUCAUUCAUGCAUCCUCAACUAUUCACACGUGCGAGGACACGUGUGGAAUUUUCUCUCAUGCUUGCAGGACAUCCCUAGGAGAUUAUUCAUUGAGCAUAUUGACGAUAAAUAGUGAUGUGAAUAUUCUUUUAACAUCGCCCAUCAUCACUAUGCAGGUGCAGCGGAAUACCUACGCCUUGGUGGUGAGCACGGAGAACAUCACCCUUAACUGGUACUUCGGCAACAAUCGGUCGAUGCUCGUCUCCAACUGCCUCUUCCGCAUGGGUGGCGCCGCCGUCCUCCUCAGCAACCGCAGCUCCGACAAGCGGCGGUCCAAGUACCAGCUUAUCCACACGGUGCGCACUCACAAGGGCGCCGAGAACCGCUCCUACGGCUGCGUCUUCCAAGAGGAGGACAACGACGGCAAGGUGGGGGUCGCCCUAUCCAAGGACCUCAUGUCGGUAGCGGGGGAGGCCCUCAAGACCAACAUCACAACUCUGGGGCCGCUGGUGCUGCCCAUGUCGGAGCAGCUCCUCUUCCUGGCGACGUUGUUGGCGAGAAAGCUCUUCAAGGUCAACAUCAGGCCGUACAUCCCCGACUUCAAGCUGGCCUUCGAACACUUCUGCAUCCACGCCGGCGGCCGGGCGGUGCUGGACGAGCUGGAGAAGAACCUCGAGCUGAGCGACUGGCACAUGGAGCCCUCCCGGAUGACCCUUUACCGCUUCGGCAAUACGUCGAGCAGCUCCCUCUGGUACGAGCUCGCCUACACCGAGGCGAAGGGGCGUAUCCGCCGCGGCGACCGCACCUGGCAGAUCGCCUUCGGCUCAGGCUUCAAGUGCAACAGCGCUGUGUGGCGGGCGCUGCGGACCAUCAACCCGGCAAAGGAGAAGCAGAACCCAUGGUUGGAUGAGAUCCACAACUUCCCUGUCGACGUGCCCAAGGUCGUCGCCAUCAAGUCCUGA